ACCUGGCCUAAGAUGGGGAGCGUGCUACUCACGGCUGUGUUCAUAGCGUUACAUUUUGCUACCGGCCUGGCCAACCCAGAUUCAAAGCGUUUAUAUGACGAUCUGCUAAGCAACUACAACCGAUUGAUACGGCCCGUGGGCAACAACUCCGAUCGACUAACAGUUAAAAUGGGUCUACGGCUCUCACAGCUCAUCGACGUGAACCUUAAAAACCAAAUCAUGACUACUAACGUGUGGGUAGAACAGGAAUGGAACGAUUACAAGCUCAAAUGGAACCCAGAUGACUAUGGCGGGGUGGACCAGCUCCACGUACCAUCGGAACACAUUUGGCUGCCAGAUAUUGUACUGUAUAAUAAUGCGGAUGGAAACUAUGAGGUGACAAUAAUGACAAAAGCAAUUUUACAUCAUACGGGUAAAGUAGUAUGGAAACCACCUGCCAUUUAUAAAUCAUUUUGUGAGAUCGAUGUUGAGUACUUUCCAUUUGACGAGCAAACAUGUUUUAUGAAAUUCGGAUCCUGGACGUACGAUGGUUAUUUGGUGGAUCUCCGCCAUCUCCAGCAGACGCCUGACUCCGAUAACAUAGACGUGGGAAUAGACCUGCAAGACUACUAUAUAUCAGUUGAAUGGGACAUUAUGAAGGUGCCUGCCGUUAGAAAUGAAAAAUUUUAUAGUUGUUGUGAAGAACCAUAUCCGGAUAUUAUAUUUAAUAUAACGUUAAGAAGAAAGACACUUUUCUACACCGUGAACUUAAUCAUACCUUGCGUUGGGAUAUCGUUUCUCUCCGUACUAGUGUUUUAUUUGCCCAGUGACUCCGGCGAAAAGAUAUCAUUAUGUAUAAGUAUAUUACUGUCGCUCACUGUGUUUUUUCUACUGCUGGCUGAAAUCAUUCCACCAACGUCACUAACGGUUCCACUGCUAGGCAAAUAUUUAUUAUUCACGAUGAUGCUAGUCACAUUGUCCGUAGUUGUUACCAUCGCCGUACUGAACGUUAAUUUUAGGUCACCCGUUACGCACAAAAUGGCACCAUGGGUGCAUCGAGUUUUUAUAGAACUAUUGCCUAGGGUGUUAUGUAUAGAGAGGCCAAAGAAAGACGACGAACCAUCCGAAAACGAGGAGCAAGCGCCCGAAGUGCUGACGGACGUGUUCCAGGUGCCACCGGAUGUGGAAAAAUACGUCAGCUACUGCGGGAAGGAGUACACCACGGAUUUCGAUAUUCCUGCACUGCCACCGUCACGUUUCGACGUGGCCGCAUCGGGUGGAGUUGGGCCAUGUUUUGGCGAGCCACCACUACCAGCACUGCCACUACCCGGAGGAGAUGACGAUCUCUUCAGUCCAACCAGCAACGGGGACAUGAGUCCGAACUGUUGCGGUGACGUGAGCCCAACGUUCGAGAAACCCUUGCUGCGGGAGAUGGAGAAAACGAUAGAAGCAUCGAGAUUCGUAGCUCAACACGUUAGGAAUAAGGAUAAAUUCGAGAGUAUAGAAGAAGACUGGAAAUACGUAGCACUCGUCCUGGAUCGCCUGUUCCUAUGGAUAUUCACGAUAGCGUGCGUAAUGGGUACAGCGCUGAUUAUCCUGCAGGCACCUAGCUUGUACGACAACACCCAACCGAUCGACGCCAUGUACUCCAAGAUCGCCAAGAAGAAGAUGGAGUUGCUCAAAAUGGGGAGUGAGAAUGUAUAGCAUCCGCCCGGGUUCGCAUCCGCCGUUUGGAAGUACAUUCUGAACUGGAUGCGAACCCUGGUCAACGAGGAUGACCAUUAGAGAGAAAAACCCAAUCCUCACCAAACUCGCGAGCAGACCCCCCGAAAACUGAAUUGAAAGAAAAAUGGUAGAAUCUCGCCGCUACCGCCCAUUCAACAAACCGAGUAAAACAAAAAUCGUGAGAGAGAAACAACAGACAACAUCCGAACAAAACCAAAGUUGCUCCACUCGCAUCUCAUUCAGUAGCUAGCAAACGCGUUUGUUGGUUAUUCCAGUGGUGGACUCCUUGCCUGCCGGAAACUCAACACCUUCCCCGGCAUGGUGUCAGUCAAAUAAAAACAGAGGAAACAGCUCUGACGGUGGCGGUUGACCUCGUUGCGUGUCCGGACAGAUCAUUCGAGCGGAAAAAGGGUUUCCUCGUCCGGUUCUGCUUUUGCCAAUUGCUCAAUUCAACUCCCCGGAGAAACGGACACGCCAUCGUCGUCAUCUGCAGUCCAGCAGUGUGUUAUACUGCAGAGGAGCGUAUUCUCGGCGGAACCCAUCACGUGAGUCAACAGCGUUAUGUACUACUGAUUGUUCGUUUUAUGUUUUCCAUUUGAUUUUCGGUUUUCUCUAGGGAAAGAAUGUCAAUAACAAUCAAAUUAAUGUUAAUACCAUGUAACAAAAUGUAGUUUUUAUUAAAAGAGGAAAACUUUUUAUACGACAAACGAAGGGGCUGGAAGAGGGGUUUCAAAGGAAUAAGUUAGUUUUUAAACAAAAGUUUGUUUCGAGAACCGCUUGUUUUUUGGGGCUGGAUGCAGUCUCGACGACAACGUUGCUGUUGUACAUAAAGGGAGGGAGUUUUUUUUUGGUAAGACAUUUGAUUUUGGAUAAUAAAAGCAAAAAGUAAAAAUACGAGUGCAAUGUGAUUGAUGCAAAUCAGAACUUAAGACGUAGCGUAGUUUGUUGAUGCAAAAUUAUGGCAGCAAAUUGGUGUACAUAUAAAUAAAUUUUGUUGGAAAUCAGUCCUAGUGAAAUUUGGUAAGCUAAACCUUAAGAUGGAGUUCAGAAGACAAACGAACUUGCAAAAUAGUUAAUAUUUUUUAUAUUAUUAACGAUAGUAGUGGAUGAAUUGAAAUGAUAGUUAUUUUUAAGUGAGAUUAAAGCGACAUAAUGAAGAAAACGAGAUUUAGUUAGACAUUAAAUUUGCAAACAUUUUUAUACACUUACAAAACUAAGAGAAAUUAGAUUUGGUUUAUUUACUGCAAAACAUGAAUUGCCGUACUUUUCUAGGCCAGUAAAUUGCGUUGUUGGCGGUGCCACUGCAAGACAUCUUAUCUCCUGCAUUCUUCUUCCGGAAAGGAAAUCGAACGGCAAGAUGUCAACUUUCUUUAGCAAACAAAAUCAAACGGUAGCGUUUUAAACUAUCUAAUUUUGGAAUUGAGAAGCAAAUGCAAAAUCUUCCUAACUAAGUGUAUUAGGGCAACACUAUGCGCAACAGAUAAGCGGCGUGAGAGAGACAAAUUGGAUUGUACUGGAAAACGAUGAUCAGAAAUCAAGCAGAAUCGAAUUGAAGCAGACUAAGUAAAAGAACAAUCAGCUUGCACCGGUCUGAUAAUGAAGUGUCUUAUCUACAGGAAAUUCUACCAAAAUUCCCAAUAAGUGAAUGCUAAAAUACUGCAGCAAAAUCCAGUGAGAGCAGCUAGCAAGAUUGCUGAAAUCUUGCAUCUUCGAACUUGGCUGCGACGAACAUUCUAGCCAAGCUUCAUAGAUCGAUCGGAAACUUCCUAUAAUCACUAGAUAAAUAUGACAGAGUAACUGAGAAAAAAAAAAUAACAAGCGUGUAUGUAUUUUAUAUGACACAAUAUUGGAGAAGGAGAACAUUUUCGUAAACUAUAGGUGUAUAUGUAGUUAGAUUUUAUAUCAUUGAAUGAAUUGAAGUUAAACUAAUACAAGUAAAGUGGAAAUAAGCAAGUAUCAAAUAGUACAGCAAACAACUGCUGAGUGUAGUUAAAAAUAAUUUACUCGAACUAAAACCAACGGUAAAAGCUUAAGCCACGAACUUACACAUACAUUAACACACAAAAAAGUUCAGAGAGGCAAAACGUGAAAUCUCAACGACCUUAUAGGACGGUUCGAUGAUUCCAAAAUCGUAAAACACUCACAUCACGUGUAGAGUUUCUUAAUUUGUAGGGAGUACACGGUAAGUUUUAAGCAACCGAGUCGAAAUACGUUCUCCAGAAAAAAA